CUGUGGGGGGAGGGGGGAGGGACGGAGGGCCGGGGCGGGCCGGGGAAGGCGGGGGCCGUCGCUGAGCUUUCGCUGCCGCCGCUGCUGCUUCCGGUGCGAGGUGCAGGCAGGCAGGCGGGCGGUGGGGACGGGGAAGCUGCCGCUGCGGAGUCAGCCGGGGGAGCAGGGCCGAGCGGAACCGAGCUCAGGCGGCAACGGAGGAGCCGGCCCUCGGAGCAGGAAUUGGGGCCCCUUCAUACCAGCAGGGCCUAAGCCAUACACAGGUUGCUGCCUUCCUUUGAUUGGCUCCCUCUACCCAUUGAGAAACAGCAGCUGUGACCAUGGGGAACAUCUUUGGAAACCUGCUGAAGAGCCUGAUUGGGAAAAAGGAGAUGCGCAUCUUGAUGGUGGGGUUGGAUGCUGCUGGGAAAACCACCAUCCUCUACAAGCUGAAGUUGGGGGAAAUUGUCACUACUAUUCCUACCAUAGGCUUCAAUGUGGAAACUGUUGAAUACAAGAACAUCAGCUUCACAGUCUGGGAUGUGGGUGGCCAGGACAAGAUUCGGCCUCUCUGGAGACACUACUUCCAGAACACCCAAGGUUUGAUAUUUGUGGUGGACAGCAACGAUCGGGAGAGAGUAAACGAGGCGAGAGAGGAACUUAUGAGGAUGCUAGCUGAAGAUGAGUUGCGGGACGCCGUGCUGCUUGUCUUUGCAAACAAACAGGAUCUGCCUAAUGCCAUGAAUGCAGCUGAGAUAACAGACAAAUUGGGCCUUCAUUCUCUGCGUCACCGCAAUUGGUACAUCCAGGCCACCUGUGCCACCAGUGGGGAUGGGCUAUAUGAAGGCCUGGACUGGUUGGCCAACCAGCUCAAGAACAAGAAGUGAGCGCCAGCCAAUGCCCAUCCCCCACUUCCCUCCCAACAUGCACCCACUCUCCACCCCAUUGUAAGUGUGGUGAGGACCCCAAGUACCAUGUCCACAUGUCUAGCAAGAGCCUUGCCCACUCCCCAACAACUGACAUGAUUGGUCUUGUUUCCCAGUUGCUGUCCUGAUGAAGAUUUACUCCAAUUUAUUGGAUCUAAAACAAAACAAAAUAAGAGUGUUAUGGUUUCAUGGAGUGGCCCCCAUUUUUUCACCACUCCCCCAAAGUUUUUAUGGGGAGAGGCUUCUCUGCCUUUGCUUGAUUUGGCUCUGAUUGUUGUGCUCUUGGCACCCAAGUCCCCUCCUGUCUCCAUAAGCCACUCCCUUACACCUUUGUCCCUCCCCCUCUGCUUCUACAUGGAAAUUGCACGGGCCUCUGUGUGUGUGUGUGUGUGUGUGUAUAUAUGUGUGUGCGAGUAUGUGUGUGCAUGUGUGAGUGAGUAUGAAUGUAUAUAAGUGUAGAGAGAAAUCUAUAAGGGGGCCUGUGAGAUGGACAGAGCUGGGGCAGGCCCAGGUCAGUGCAUAGACUUCCCCUCCACUGUCUCUCUCACCUUGCCAAGGAGGAAGAAGGGGAAAAGGUUUGAGCUGGGUGGGCUAGGUUACCUGGGGAGUCUCUGUUGUCAGUCAGUCUGGACCGCUUUCCUCUGGUCUUCUGGCUGGUGAGUCUCUCAUUGGUUUCCCUGAAUGUGUGGCUUGCUUCUUCUGUUGUUAACCUUGGAGAGAGGAUGUCUCACCCCUCAAUUCUAGAAUCUCCUACCAAGCAUAGGGGUGGCUAAGGAUAAGGACCAGGGUGGGGAAUGGGUGAGGUAGGGAGGUAGAGAAAGCCCUGCUUUCCAUUUUUUUUCUUCUUUGGUUGUUGGCAAGCAAAGAUGCAUGUUGGAGAAGUGACUCUUCUAAGACACCAUGCCCCUGCCUCCAUUCCCUGUUUCCAUACUCCUACUGGGAGAACAGUUCACUCCCCCAUCUCUGGGUCCACCCCAUCCCCAGCAGUUCUGCUGGUCUCUCCAAGUCUAGCUGAUUGGCUUAGUGGAGAGUGUAAAAUAGGCUGCCUUUACCUCCUUCCUCUUCUCCACCUCCUUCCUCUUCUUCAUGGCUUCUCUGAGCCCAGGGACCACUGAUAGAUGAGAAUAUUCUCAUUUCUGGGCACUCAACCCUCCCCAAUUUUUUCUGUUCCCCAGUUAACUUGUCUCCUGCACUCCACACCCUCAUGCAUAAGUCAGUCUGGAUGCUGGAGUGUAGCUUGACACUGGAACAGCUAAUGGAAUUUAGGUGGGAAUAGUGGGAGUCAGCCUGCCCUUGCCCCUUAUUCUACUGGUGGUGUGUGUGUUUUGGUUUGUUUAAGCCCUGCUGCUACACCCCCUUUCAAGACUAUGGGUAUCAGACAACUAAGUUGUGAUCAAGGAGGCCCUGCCUGUCUCCCCGAGGUUUCUGUGAAGCCUACAGCUGCUGUUUGAGCUCCUGUGUGUGCUGGCUGCGCCCUGAGCUCCAAGUCAGCCCCUGUAAUCCACCCUUCCUCUAGAAAGUUGGGGCCUCCAUGGGAAUCUCUCCAUAGCCUUCCCAGUGUAGAGCCUCUCUCUAGAUAGGGUACUUUUUGCCAUGCCCUGGAAAAGGAGGUCCUUACCUAUUUCUGUCUGCCAGGAAUGCUCUUCCACUCCCACCUUAAUCCUCAUUGCAGCAGAUAAAUCAGUGUGUUCUCUGGCCCCUUAUUUUCCCCAGAUUGAACUGUGAAGAGAGUUUCCUUGGGGAUAGCUCCCCCUUUUGUCAGUUACUUAGUGACAAUUUAUUUGGGAUGUGUUGGGCGUUUGCAAGUUGUCCUGCUCUCUGGGCUUUUGUGUGUUUGUUGGUGGGAAGGGGUUGGGGUUUCUGGUUUGUUUUUCCGUUUUAACAACUGUUCCCUGUCCCUGGGAAAGCAUUAAUACUUCUGUCUUUUGCUUUACAUAUUUGUCUCCCUUUCCUCUGACUGUUUUUUCACUGUCAUUGCCUCUCUUUCGUCUCUUGUUUCUCUUUUUCUCCUCUUUCCUUCCUAUAUCUAUCUCUGCUCUCUGCACUCCUGAUUUUCUUUGGUUUCUCUGCACUUGAUGAUGACUUUGUCUUUCUAAAAAAUUUCCCACCUUUAUUUGCUCCCCGACCCAUCCUAGCUUUGGGUCAGGCCAGAUAGGCCAAACUGAAGAUCUCAUUCCAUUCCCCUCCUUCUUUGAAGAAAUGUGCCUGGGAGAGUAGGAAAACAGCUCUCUCAGCUGAAUCCCAAAGCCUCUUUCUGAAAGGGUUUCUUUAUAAGUAAUGGCAAUGAUGGGACAGAGAAGGAGACCCCUUUGGAGGCAGGGCCUCCCUAUGGAAACUCCCAAGGACAUUGCUUCACACCCUGUACCUUUCUGUUCUGAAGACCCUCUCUCCCCAGCUACUUUGGAGGGCUGUGAAAAGAUACUGCUAAUGGCCUUGGCUGCUUUUGCCUCUGGGGAGCCUUCCUCCUUAUCCCCAGGGUGGGGCAUCAUCUCGGCAUUCCUGUUGUCCUGGAUCUCUCUCCCAGGAUUGGGCAUUUCAUUCGGAUGAAUGCUUCUUCCCUACCCCCCACUCCCAUGGUGGGAUUUAAUUUUCUGUAUUCUCUGGCUCCAGACUUCCCCUUCCCUGGGGUCAUACCCCCAGCCCCCAAGUCUGUGUGUGGUGUUACAGUGUUUACUGCAGUUCUGAACUGGUUUUUCUCUUUUUUCCUCCUCUGGAAUAUAGAUUGUACAUGUUUAACAAACUCACCAUCUCUCUUACUGCUCAAAAUGUGGGAUACGAGAUGACUGUGACCCUGGUUGGAUAUUAAACAUGUUUUAUGUA